AUGGUCAAAUCCUACAAGUAUAAAAUUGAUAGUAUUUCAGAAGAAACUAUACAACAGCAUAUAAAACGUCUCAAUUUGAAUUAUGCACAAGGUAUGGUAAUAAAUGAAUGUUUACGAAUUGGAAAAUUUAAUUCCAAAACAAGUAGGAGGUAUUCAAAUGAUUGGUUGCUUACUUGCUUGCUUAUGCAGAUUCGUAGUCCUGCAAUGUAUAAAUUUAUGCUAAAAAAUGAAAUUUUUCCACUCCCUUGUGUACAAACUAUUAAAAGGCAUCUUAGUUUGGUAAAAUUGGAUUUUGGAUUUGAUCCGGCAUUCUUUGAAAUGUUCAAGAAAAAAAUUAAUUUAAAAACUGAACAACAAAAGUAUGGUGUUCUUAGUUUUAACGAAAUGAGUGUUCGUAAGUCAUUGAAGACUGAUCCAAAAACUCUUCGAUAUCAAGUUGUGGUAGACUUUGGUAAUGAUGAUAUUGCUAGUACAAAAAAUGAAGCUUUGGCUGACCAUGCUUUAGUAUUUGGUUUUUCUUCUCUCUGUGAAAACUACUUCCAACCUAUUGGAUGCUUUGCUGCUAAAGGUGCUACCAAUGGUGUGACUUUGGCAAAAUUAAUAGUUCAAGCAAUCCUAUUACUUGAACAUGUUGGUGCUAAACUGCUAAAGUAA